AGUAUUUUUCUUUAAAGAAAAGUGGUCGAAAUGGUCCAAAAAGUCUCGCAGAUUAUGACACUAAAACGCUUGCGUGAUAUACAAUGGCAUCGGAUUUUUUAUAUGGUCUACAUUGAACCGGUUGUGUUUAUGCUGCUCUUUUCGAUAACCUUAUCCAAUACCAUCAUGAGAAAUCAGAUCAUCUAUCAGACCUGCACAGUGAUUUUUCGCUACAAUGUAAGCGAUUGCAAAUUGCUGGAUGAUAAAAAUGCCAGCGCCGAGAUCAAGGCAAUCGAAACGGAACUGCAGCCAUAUGUGGCCAAUCUAUUUCUCUCGCGCACGCUGCUCGAGAGCAUUGUGCCUGCUUUUUGUGGCCUAUUCAUUGGCUCCUGGUCGGAUCACUAUGGACGCAAGCCAUUGCUCAUCGUGUCCAUGAUUGGAUUUGCUUUGUCAUUUCUGGUUACGUCUGCCAUCUGUGAGCUGUCCACCUACUAUGAAAUCAAUCCUUGGUGGUACAUUGUGGCCGCAGUGCCGCACUCCAUGCUUGGCGGCAAUUGUGUCUUCUCCGUGGCAGCUCUCUGCUUCAUCUCGGACAUAACGGACACCAAAACGCGGCCGUAUCGCAUGAUCUUCAUGGAGUCGCUGUUCUUCAUCGGCUUGACCAGUGGCUCGCUCUUGUCCAGCUUCGUUUAUGCCGCCACCAAUGCGGCCACGACCAUUGGCAUAUCCGGCUGCAUCACUACAUUGGGCUGCUUCUUCAUCAUAUUUUUCGUACCGGAAAGCUUGAAUUAUCGGAAAGAAAAUGAGGCCAAGAUGGCGAACGAGGCCACCGCUGUCGGCGCCAAUAAAGAAAAGGAAAUGCCCAUUUCGGCAUCUGACUUGCAACCGGAAUGCGUGGCCAUUGAUUGUCCGCCCAUAUUCAUGAAUCCCGAUUGCGAUGCCGAACAGGACAAGCAGAAGCAGCAAUGUCAUCAGCUGCCCACGCCUGCCACGCCCAACAUGACCUUCGACGAGGAUCUGCUGGCCAAAUAUGUGGAGCAGCUGCCGCCCAAGGUGAAGGCCCAGGCACAGGCCCAGAGCAAGCCGCAGCCCGAAGCCGAUGGCAAGAAGACCGGACUAUUCAGUUUUUCACACAUCCGCGAUAUGGUUAGCACCUGCACGAAGCCACGCGAAAAUCAUGCUCGGGCAAUUAUUUGGCUGGUCACAAUGGCCAUGUGCCUGUCCAUCUUUGUCUUUGAUGGCGUCAUGACGGUGAUGUAUCUGUUCGUGCGAGAGAAGUUCCAUUGGUCUGUCAGGGACUACACCUUCUACGAGACGGUCAGCCAUCUGGUGCCCAUGGUGGGAGCACUUAUUGGAUUUCUGAUACUGCGCAAGAUCUUCCGUCUCUCUGUGGUGACCUUGGCGCUGCUUUCGUUUGCCUCGGAAAUAUUGAAGAAUCUGGCGAGGGGCUGCUCGACGCAGGCGUGGCACAUGUACCUAUCGGUUAUACUGGGCGUAUUUCGUUCUAUUGGCGGACCCAUGUGUCGCACCAUUGUCUCCAACAUAGUACCCUCCUCCGACUUGGGCAAAAUUUUCUCAAUCAAAAAUGUUUUGCAAUCGUUUGCACCUUUUAUCGCUGCGCCGCUUUACACCUUCGUCUACAAGCGCUCGCUUCACUAUUAUCCAGGCCUCUUCAACUUUAUGAGCGUCGGCUUCUAUAUGAUGUCAUUUAUAUUCAUCUGCUGUGUGCUGCGCAUCAAGCUUAUGCAUAAGCAGUACUACGCCAAGGUGCUGAAAUAGGAGAGCGCACGAUCCUUCGAUGUGAUUCGCCUAUAUAUCCUACUUUACUUUAGUUUAGUUUUAUUUCCUAUUUAUAAAUAAUUGUGAUCUGAUCUAGGCCUAAGCGAAAGCCCCCUAACUCCAAUAAGCAAUAAAUCUAACGAGCAGCCAAUCGAGCGUAAAAACUUUAGA